AUGGCUAACGCUACUCUUUUCCAUUCACUGCGAUUAUUUUUGGUUUUCACUUGCAUGUUGUUAAAUGCAGGAAUACUGACAAAUGGUGCACGCUAUCACGACAAAACCUCCAGCUAUUUAUCUUCUUCAAACUCCUCCAACAACAACCACCCUUGGAUCGGACCUGUUGGUCACCGCGUAAUAACGGUUGACGUCAACGGCGGAGGCCAGUUCAGUUCCGUUCAAGAUGCCGUCAAUGCUGUCCCCGACAACAACACAAUGAACGUGCUUAUUAAAAUCAGCGCUGGAAAAUACAAAGAGAAAGUGGUGGUUCCCGUGACGAAACCAUACAUAACGUUUCAUGGUGAAGGGAGAGAGGUGACAGUGAUAGAAUGGCAUGAUAGAGCGAGUGAUCCUGGUCCCAAUGGACAACAGCUACGGACUUAUAGAACUGCUUCUGUUACUGUUUUCGCUAAUUUUUUCUCUGCAAAAAAUAUCACCUUCAAGAACACGGCACCAGCACCGAUGCCGGGGAUGCAGGGAUGGCAAGCGGUGGCGUUUCGGAUAUCAGGCGACAAAGCUUACUUCUCCGGCUGUGGAUUCUACGGUGCACAAGAUACACUUUGCGAUGAUGCUGGUAGGCAUUACUUCAAAGAAUGCUACAUUGAAGGUUCCAUUGAUUUCAUCUUUGGAAAUGGCAGAUCCAUCUACAAGGAUUGUGAACUACAUUCGAUAGCAUCGAGGUUCGGAUCUAUAGCAGCACAGGAUAGAAAUGACCCAACAGAGAAAACAGGCUUCGCAUUUGUACGAUGCAAGGUUACGGGCUCAGGCCCAUUAUAUGUGGGCCGGGCAAUGGGCCAAUACUCGAGAAUAGUAUACGCAUACACAUACUUCGAUAAUAUAGUUGCACACGGUGGUUGGGAUGAUUGGGAUCACGCCAACAACAAAAACAAGACUGUGUUCUUUGGAGUGUAUAAAUGUUGGGGACCAGGUGCAGAUGCAGUACGUGGGGUGUCGUGGGCCCAAGAGUUGGAUUUCGAAUCUGCACAUCCAUUUAUCAGGAAAAGCUUCGUCAAUGGAAGACAUUGGAUAGCCCCCAAUGAUGCUUAG